AGCAGAGGUGAAAGCUCACCUCCUUUUCAAUCUCCGUUUCGCUAGACUCCGUGUUUUCCUGGCUCACGCAACGAUCAACCAAAAUCCUAAAUCUCUCGUAAAAGUGUAAAACCCUUUAAUAGAAACCCUAGCCCUUCGAUCUAAUUCUCAAGAACACACUACCCAACACAUAUACUUUACGCCAAAUUAUAAUCAACAUACAUACUACGACAAAAGCUUCGAGCUUGCUUUCUACUGAAUUUCAAAUUCGGGUCUUUGGAGAAAAAAUUUGGGUGCAAUGUCGGUCAAUCGGAGAAGAAGCAAUGGAGGAGGGGAGAAUCGGUUUUAUUGCCCGCCGGCGAUGAGGCGGCAGCAGCAGCAAAUGCAAGCCGCUGCCAAGUCCAAAUCCGAGAAAAGAACGGCGGAGUCUGACGAUGGAGCAUCGUCAACAUCGACCGCCACCACCACUACCACCACGCCUUCCACAACGGCGUCGUUUUCCACGAAUUUGGAUCGGUUCCUGGAGUAUACAACUCCUAAAGUUCCAGCUCAGGUUCUCUCUAAGACAAGCAUGAAAUCAUUGAGAAAUCAUGGUGGUGAUUUAGGUCCCUACUUCAUUUUGGAUGAUCUUUGGGAAUCAUUCAAGGAGUGGAGUGCAUAUGGAGCCGGAGUUCCUCUUGUUUUGAAUGAUAGUGAUUCUGUAGUUCAGUAUUAUGUGCCGUACUUGUCUGGGAUUCAACUGUAUAUAGACCCAGCCAGGCAUAUUGUGGGUCCACGGAGACCAGGUGAGGAAAGUGAUGGCGACUCUUACAGGGAGACAAGUAGCGAUGAUGGUAGUGAAUACGUGGCAGGUAGAGGAGCCAACAGUAUUAAGGGAAAGCGGAAUCAGCAGAAUCUUAUGAAUGCAACUGCAAAUGGAUUUAAUAGACUGUCAUUAAGAAAUGAUGGGUUCAUGGAAUCAUUGGCUGAUGAGAAUGAGACAAGUAAUCCACCUGGUCUACUUGUAUUUGAGUUCUUGGAACAAAACCCACCACAGAAUCGUCAACCUUUGACUGACAAGAUCUCAAGUCUUGCAUCUCAAUUUCCUGACCUGAAGACAUAUAGGAGUUGUGACUUGGCACCCGCAAGUUGGAUUUCUGUGUCUUGGUACCCAAUAUACCGGAUACCUAUAGGUCCAACUUUGCAGAGUCUGGAUGCUUGCUUCUUGACAUUUCACUCCCUUUCAACGCAAGCUGAGAGUAGUACGAGAAACGACUUGCUGCAUAAUCAUGGAUCAAGUAGUACGAGGGGAAUGCAUGAUAAUGGCAUGCCCAUGAAGCUCUCGCUCCCAAGUUUUGGCCUGGCUUCUUACAAGUUCAAAGUUUCGUUCUGGUUUCCCAGUGAAACAUAUGAAUCUCAAAGGGUCAACUCUCUUACACGAGAAGCUGACAGGUGGCUCCGACUGUUGCAAGUAAACCAUCCUGAUUACAGGUUCUUUCUUUCACGCAACACAUACUUUAGGUGAAUGUUCAGACAUAAUCAACACUCUCUAAGCUCCUCCACAUUGACUCAAGCCAUACUUGAAUAUGGUUGUCAUAAUGGCUUGCGCUUCUUAGCUCGGUCAAGAAUGACAAUGCAGUAUUUUGACAGUCCAUAUUUGUUUUUGUCAACAACAAAAAAAAAAACGCGGGAAUUAUAACUCUCACCUAUGGUGGUAUCAUAGGAUAAUUAUGUUUCAUUGUGAUUAUUGUCAUGUUGGCUUUUUGUUUGUAACUUUAAGUUGAUCAACUAAUAGGGUUGAUAUCUUCUGAUAAUGAGGGAGGAGCUGGCCGUAUUUGUAAACUUCUGUUUGACUUGUAUUAUUAUUAUCAUUAUUAUUAUAAAACAGCCUCUAGAAUUAUGUCCUACUU